AUGUCAUACCAUCCAUCGCUUAGCGAUAUUGGUGUUUCGCCGUAUUUGUUUUUCUGCUCGAGUUCAAGUACGGCUAAUCACCAGACCAUAAAUCACAGCUUCGAUUACAAACCACAGAAAGAGUUGUAUUUCACGCUGGACAACACCAAUGAAAAAGUGUCAUACUGGACAGUAAACUCGCGUUACGUCGGCGAUAAUAAAUCUAUUGAGGUCAUAUUAAGACGCGACAACUACAGCAAGCCAUUCACGAUUCGCAUAUACGACAGACGCUACGACCAAAAUCGUCCAGAGAUGUGGAAUAGGGAUAAGGAGCAGGAGUUCAGACAAGCUCUGAAUAAUGGUGACAGCAAGUUACAGGCUGGGGAAGUGGAAGCGUGGAGAGCAUGCAACGCUCAAUUCGAAAGGGAUUUGGCUACAAUGCAAACCAUAAAAAGUGAGCCACUCUACUGUGUGCAGCAAUUCGUCACCACUGUUACUUUUGAAAUCAGCGUCGCCCCACCGGGCCAUUCCCAGAAAUACUUCACUGCGAGAGGAUUCCUUCUUGAAGGCAUGGGCGGCGCUCUUCCUCUAACAAGUAAGAUUGAAGAUGAGGAUGCCGAGCUUCUUGUCAAAGAUGCAUGCAGAUCCUUCGACAAGCUUGCGCAUCUUGGUAUAUGUCUUGCAGAAUAUGAUAUGAAUCAUGUUAGCUUCCUCAGGGAAUUUGGAUUGGAGGCCAAGUUUCAACAGAUCAGCAAUUGCUUGCUUAAGAACGAGGCAGUUAGCCCUGUCGCGUGGAAGGCCGACGUUGCACACCACAGAAUACUCUUCAAGGAUGCUGUGAUGUUCGCAAUUGAUAAUCACAAGAGAAAGCUUCAACUACCGAACAAAUCUUGGGUGGAUGAUUGCAAGAGUGUUAAAAGCGGUGGCAUCAGCAGCGGUAGAAAAAGGAAGAAAAAGUGGAAAUCUGCGGUGCGAUACUCACGCGCUGCGACGUGCAAUCUCAUCUCUUGA